AAUAUUGAAUCAAUUUUGGAAUAAGACCACAACGUAACAAACUGUGUAAAAAGUUAAGGCGUCUGAAUGCUUUCCGAAUGUACUGUGUAUGAGCACCCCCCCCCACCACCAAAAAAAAACAACAAUUGCUUCCUUGUGGUCGGGGGUAUAGAAGUGUGCCCCAUUCUCCAACAGAACAGAGCCUACCAGAGAUUCAUUACACAACAGGAAAGUAUCACCAUGACGAUGUUGACCAUAUUUCUGCUUCUCAGCGCUGCCUUUGCUCUGGGUGAUGCAAGGGAUCUGAAUGACACAGAGAAUCAAAUUAUUGAGAAUCUGAUACGCAACCUGCCAAUCGAGUCUGAGGAGAUGGGAGCGAAGGAGAAGCGGGAACUACAAACCAGGAGUUGCCCACCUAGUUGGCACAGAUAUGGGACACACUGCUAUCACUACGUCCCCAUCAUGGCCAAAUGGCCAGAGGCAGAGCAUUACUGUUUGCUAUUGGGAGGUAACCUGGCGUCAGUGCAUAGCCUCUCUCAGUAUAACUUCCUUCAGUCAGUCAUCCAAAGUAGUGCCAACGGAGCCCAGCGCACCUGGAUUGGAGCCAACGAUGCCAUCAAGGAGGGUCUUUGGCUGUGGAGCGAUGGGUCCAGGUUUAGCUACCAGAACUGGGGCAAGGGGCAACCUGAUAACUACAUCCAUGUUGCUGGGAACGACAACACUAAUGGCCGUGAGCAUUGUAUGGAGAUGAACUAUGGAGAUGACUUCGGGCAGAAUGAUGCAGCCUGCUGGACGCAACUUCCAUUCAUGUGUUCCAGAAAGCUGUAAUAUCGACCGAUUGGGAGAGAAUUCAUGUUCUAACGUUACUCCCCUGGUUAGUCUGUCAUCAUGUUUCGUGUACUUUUAGAUUCUUGCUGAUUUCAUUCAGGUGAUUGUAUUUGUUAUGCAGGUGAAUGAGGACCCAAAAGCGACUUGGCGAAAACAGAGUCUUUAAUCCAGUUAAAGGAAAUAGCAAUACUCCUAGACAAAUCGGAGCGGUAAAUAAAGCAUAAAAACAA